GUGACAGCUGCGAUCAUAGCGAGCUGAAGGUGAAGUUCCUGGUCAAUCCUGUGGACGAACGUGGCCAAGGGUGUGGCACGGAGUUCUACAGCAUUGGCGGGGACAGCGACGCAGACAAGAGCAUCGCGGCCAGCAUCGAGCACUCGAACGAGGCGCUCGCGGAGGCCGUGCCUGCAGAUGCGACGGGCAAGAAGUGGGGGGAGCUCAAGAUCAGCGACAUGAUCACGAUCAUCAAAGGCCACCCUGGCAAUGUGAUCAACAUUACGGCAGCGAAGAAGGGGAAGGGCGGCCCCAGCAAGCUCAAGGUCGAGGGGCUGGACGUCCACACGUCGCUGCAGUACGAGGACGUCAAGGCGGCGAACUUCGUGGCCAGCCUCCCCCGGGAGACGGGGAUGGACAUCGUGAGUGGGCGGAACGUGGAGUACAGCUCGCUUGACAGCGAGAUGCCGGUGGCGCAACUUGGCAGGUGCGCAGCGCAGCUCCAGAAGCUUGGCCUGCUGGACGACGACGCGUUCGAGAAGGUCCGCAGCUUCACGAAGCAGGCCGUCAGCACGGAUCGGCAGCAGAAGAAGGACGAGAGUGAGGCCCAACCUGGAGGACCAGUCCUCGAGUUCAGCGAAUUGGAGCUGGACCAGUUCGAGGCCUCGUUGAACCUCAAGGUUGAACACUCUACAGGCUCGGGCUUGUCGAAGACUCCAG